CCGGCCCCCUUUUGUACUCAUGACCUUUUGCAGCCCUUCCGACGCCUCGGCUAUGGGCGCUCGCCAUUGUCAAUGUCGUUCGCCCAAAGCGACACACAAGCUGACAGUAUCCAAGGUCUUCAGCAUGUAUUCUCGCCGCCGUCUGAGGCAGAUCCAGAAUUGGAAGCUGCACCACCGCAUACAGUGCCAGCUGCAUUCAACGGACCUCCUCAUUUAAAAGAAUCAUCCGGCAAUGCAGGGAGCAGUUCACCUCAGAUGAAUGGAUAUCAAUCAGAAGGACAACAGCCUGAUGUGAUUGUACCGGAACAACCUUUAUCAGACCAUAUUCGACCAGUCUUUCUACUCUCCUCGCCUCCACCACCACCACCACCUCCUCCUCCUCCUCCUCCUCCUGCCCCACCUAGCUAUCAUGCUGAAAACCUGCAUGUCCUCCAGGAAGAGCUUCGAGAUUCCCGCGAGGCCUUGGUUGGAGAAAGGUUUCGUCUGCACACUAAGCGCCGUGGACUUCGGGAUAUCAGGCAACAGGCAGGCGCACAAAUUGGCGCCGCGUUUAGCUUGUUCAAACAAUAUCUUUUGAGUCAAAACACGUCUCUCCCUCCUCACAUCUCGAAAGUAAUACAGGAGGUUGACGAAUUGAGAGACAAGCUUGGGAACGCGGAGACCGAUUACGACGAUGCCGAGGAGAAAUACAAUCGUCAGGAAUGGAGCUAUACACAGCUGGAAGAAGUUCUGAUCGACAAUCUGCCAGAUCAUGCCACUAUAGUCCAUGCACCCCAGUGCAACGAAACUCAAGCGAUAGGAACAGACUUUCUUACACGGUUUGCUGAUUCGACAGCUGAUGUUCUAAACUAUUCAAAUCUCGACGAGUUAGUACAGAUGUCUUUGGACGACAGACAGGUAUCUCUGGAACAAGACUACCGCAAUCUAGUUGAGCCAACGACGCUUGAAGAUCCUAUCGUUUGGAUUGCUCCGCGAGGCACGCGAUCUUUUCAAGUUAGGUCUACAAAGGAAGUGCAGACUCCGCUACCCCGAUCUCUGAGUGAGGCAGACCUAGAUACUACACGUCUACAGUGGUCCAGCAUCCGAUAUCGCAUCAAUGAAUGGCUUCUAGGUAGUUUGAAGAGCUCAACACUACAGCGGCAGCGCCUUCGUGAUGCUCUGUCACGACACAACCUAAGAGAUCGCGAUUGGUUCCAAACAGUUAUCCGGUAUUGGUACUUGGACAGUCCACAUGGUUCCUUUUUUCAUACUGGGGAUACGACCGUCUCUGACUCUGCUGAGGACCAACCAAUGCCGGGCUUUGCCAGUGCUCAGUUGCUUGAUUUUCCUUUCAGAGGGCAAUAUGAGGCUGAGCAGCAGACGGUUCAGCGCAAAAACGCAGAAGAUGAUGCUACGCAAUUCCCAUUACCAGCUUCAACGUCGAGCCUUUUUGACGCAGACCAGACUACUGUCUUCACAGAGACACCCACAGAACGCCAUCCAAAAUGUCAGCAUGCCAACUCUGGUACGGCGAGUCCAGUAGGUGUAUUCCCUGGCUCACACACUAGUCAAGAUGGAAUCUGCGCUAGUGCUUCGGUCUCGGAUCCUGAUAGUGGAUGCAAGACCACCAACACUGAAAUCUCUCAGCACGAUGCCCGGUCGCUGAGAACCGCUCCCAUAUGUCUGGAGAAUGCAGCAGCGGUGACUGAUCCAACCAUGUCUGCUUUUCCAAAAAGUGGAGGCGGGAGGGCACACACAAUGCUUGAGCCCUAUGCACAUGAUCAUGGAACGCAAUCCCCUGUACAAUAGCCUUCUCAGCUUUUCCUAGAGGUGACUGGUCCCAAAUUAUGGACAUUACCUUUGGUUCGAUUGACACCCGUCUCUCAUAGCGUUCAGCGACUUGAUUGUGUUCCCUUUGUCUCUGUAUUUGAUACCCCGUUUUGUGUUCCAGGUCCAUCCAAGUCUUUGACCUCUUUCUAGAUUAUGUAUCUGUCAGAC